GUCUUGGGGUCUGUGCUGCUUGCUAGACAAUUUCAGGUGUGGGGUAGAGGGGUAGAUUAAGAUUACCCUCUCCUGUGUUCCAGCAUUCCGUAUUAAUUUUUUAAAAGGUAUGCAUUUAUUUAGUUGAUUAUUUAUAGUUAGUUAUAGGUUGUCUGCCCAGGAUAUCUCAUUAUACUGCCCCUUUAUGAACUCAGGAGAUGGACCAAAGGUGGGGAUAGGAUCGCCUGGUGAACAGCAUCUUAUUGAUUGAGAUGCGGGACCAACACCUGAGAGCAAGCCACCCCUGGUCCAAGCAAUUUUCAACGGUGAUCCUGAUGAAAUACGGAUGUUAAUCUACAAAACGGAAGAUGUUAAUGCUCUGGACACAGAGAAGCGUACCCCUCUUCACGUUGCUGCUUUCCUGGGGGAUGCAGAGAUCAUUGAGCUCCUCAUCUUGUCAGGUGCCCGCGUCAAUGCCAAAGACAACAUGUGGCUGACACCUCUACACCGAGCAGUUGCAUCAAGGAGCGAUGAAGCAGUGCAAGUACUGAUUAAACAUUCUGCAGAUGUCAACGCCCGGGACAAGAACUGGCAGACGCCCCUGCAUGUAGCAGCUGCAAAUAAAGCCGUGAAGUGUGCCGAAGUGAUCAUCCCACUUCUGAGUAGUGUCAACGUCUCCGACAGAGGAGGUCGCACUGCCUUACACCAUGCAGCUCUGAAUGGCCAUGUCGAAAUGGUGAAUUUGCUCUUGGCGAAAGGGGCGAAUAUUAAUGCCUUUGACAAAAAGGACCGAAGAGCUUUGCACUGGGCAGCCUAUAUGGGCCACUUGGAAGUCGUUUCAUUGCUGAUCAGUCAUGGCGCUGAGGUGACAUGUAAAGAUAAAAAGGGUUACACUCCACUUCAUGCGGCUGCAUCUAAUGGGCAGAACAGUGUCGUGAAACACCUCCUCAAUCUUGGUGUGGAGAUUGAUGAAAUGAACAUCUAUGGAAAUACUGCCCUUCAUAUUGCUUGUUACAACGGGCAGGAUUUAGUGGCUAAUGAGCUGAUUGACUAUGGAGCUAAUGUCAACCAGCCUAAUAACAGUGGAUUCACUCCCCUGCAUUUUGCUGCUGCUUCUACUCAUGGAGCUCUUUGUUUGGAACUGUUAGUGAAUAAUGGGGCAGAUGUUAACAUUCAGAGUAAAGAUGGAAAGAGCCCACUGCACAUGACAGCUGUACAUGGAAGGUUCACAAGGUCCCAAACCCUCAUUCAAAAUGGAGGAGAAAUUGACUGUGUUGACAAGGACGGCAACACUCCGCUCCAUGUGGCUGCAAGAUAUGGACACGAGCUUUUGAUUAACACCUUAAUAACCAGUGGAGCUGAUGCCACCAAAUGCGGCAUCCACCGCAUGUUCCCUUUACACUUGGCCGCUCUUAACGCACAUGCUGACUGUUGUCGGAAGUUGCUGUCAUCUGGACAAAAGUAUAGCAUAGUGUCCUUGUUUAGUAAUGAGCACGUGCUGUCUGCAGGCUUUGAAAUAGACACCCCAGAUAAAUUUGGAAGAACGUGCCUCCACGCUGCUGCUGCGGGCGGUAAUGUUGAUUGUGUGAAGCUCUUGCUAAGCAGUGGAGCAGAUUUUAAUAAAAAAGACAAACAUGGAAGGACACCGUUGCACUAUGCAGCUGCCAAUUGUCAUUUCCAAUGUAUGGAGACACUGGUGACUGUGGGGGCCAAUAUUAAUGAAACAGAUGAUUGGGGACGGACAGCGCUACACUAUGCUGCUGCCUCAGACAUGGAUAGAAAAAGAAAGAAUAUUUUGGGUAACUCCCAUGAAAAUGCUGAAGAACUUGAAAGAGCUAAUGAAAUGAAGGAAAAAGAAGCGGCAUUGUGUUUAGAAUUUCUUCUUCAAAAUGAAGCCAACCCAUCCAUCCAAGACAAAGAGGGCUACAACACAGUGCACUAUGCAGCUGCUUAUGGACACAGACAGUGCUUGGAACUUCUGUUGGAGAAAACUAGCAAUGUUUUUGAGGAAUCAGAUUCAACAGCUACAAAAAGCCCUUUGCACUUAGCUGCCUAUAAUGGGCAUCACCAGGCUUUGGAGGUGCUUCUUCAGUCCCUGGUAGAUCUGGAUAUUAAGGAUGAGAAAGGACGUACAGCUCUGGAUCUGGCUGCAUUCAAAGGACAUACUGAAUGUGUAGAAGCCCUCAUCAGCCAGGGUGCCUCUGUCACAGUAAAAGAUAACAUCACCCAGCGGACUCCACUUCAUGCCUCAGUCAUCAAUGGACACACGCCUUGUUUACGGCUUUUAUUAGAAGUAGCAGAUAAUCCUGAUGUGACAGAUGCCAAAGGACAAACUCCACUGAUGCUAGCUGUGGCUUAUGGGCACAUUGAUGCUGUUUCCUUGUUACUUGAAAAAGAAGCAUCUGUGGAUGUGGCCGAUGUCCUGGGAUGUACAGCUUUACAUCGAGGGAUUAUGACGGGGCAUGAGGAGUGUGUUCAAAUGCUGUUGGAACAAGAAGUGAUGAUUCUCUGCAAGGACACCAGAGGGAGGACACCUCUGCAUUACGCAGCAGCUCGUGGUCAUGCCACGUGGCUGAGUGAAUUAAUACAGCUGGCGCUUUCAGAAGAGGACUACAAUUUUAAAGAUAAUCAAAAUUACACACCUUUGCACUGGGCCUCUUAUAACGGGAAUGAAAACUGCAUAGAUGUACUGCUGGAACAGAAACCUUUCCGAAAGUUUAGCGGGAACCCUUUCUCUCCACUGCACUGUGCUGUAAUCAAUGAUCACGAAAAUUGUGCAUCGCUACUCAUUGGGACUAUGGGUGCUGGAAUUGUCAACUGCAAAGAUGACAAGGGGAGAACACCACUUCAUGCAGCAGCCUUUGCUGAUCAUGUAGAAUGCCUGCAGCUUCUUUUAAAUCACAAUGCACAAAUCAAUGCUACAGAUAAUUCAGGGAAAACACCGCUUAUAAUGGCUGCUGAAAAGGGGCACGUAGGGGCUGUAGAUUUUUUGGUGAACAACGCCAAGGCUGAUCUAACUUUAAAGGAUAAGAACUUGAAUACAUCCUUGCACUCAGCUAGUAGCAAAGGACAUGAAAAAUGUGCCUUGCUUAUACUUGACAAAAUACAAGAACAGAGCCUUAUUAAUGCAAAAAAUAAUGCAUUACAAACACCUCUUCAUAUUGCUGCACAGAAUGGUUUGAAGAUAGUAGUUGAGGAGCUACUAGCAAAGGGGGCAUGUGUACGUGCCAUUGAUGAAAAUGGUCAUACACCAGCCCUGGCUUGCGCUCCUAACAAAGACGUGGCUGACUGCCUGGCACUCAUUUUGGCUACCAUGAUGCCUUUUUCUCCUUCCAGUACAAUGACGGCUCUCAACUUCGCUUCUUUUAAAAAAGACAAUUUGAUCAGGUCUCCUCUCAGCAAUAGCACCAGUAUGAGUAGCACCAUUAACUCCUAUAGUAAACCAUUAAGUAAUGAUGUAGGAACAGAAAAUGGAUACAAUGAAAAUGAUUCUGAUUCUGAAACAUUUUGAUUUUGGCAUUUCAUGUGUUUUUAUUUGUUGCAAUUGGAUUUAGAUUGGUAUUCCCCUUAAAAAAGACCUGAAUCCCAGAGCUAUAGUUGACCUACACGUAUGACAGGAACCAAUAAGCAACAAACCACUUACAGCUGCAGUCCAGAAAAGUGGACAGGGGUGGAAUGGGGGGUUGGAAUGCAUUAUGUUAUUAUUCUGCUACUUCCAGUUCUGUCAUGCUUUCUGUAGGUCCUAAAGGCUCGUGUGGAAGUCUCUACCUCCUAUUUUAUGCAGAAAGUGAAAGCUGCCUUUUUCUGUUUUGACAGCACAAAGGAACAGGAACUGUUGUGUAUAUAUUAAUGUGUUAGUUCUAGUAUACUGUUAAUAGACAUUCUUCCAGUACCCUGUUCGUAAAUCAUCACAAAAUUUGGAUCUCUUCACUUUAUUGUCAACUUUAUAUUAUGUAGUCUCAGUUUUUGGGUAUCUUUGUUAUACAAACCAAAGGUAAAGCCACAGGUGUUUUUGUCUGGGAAGACCUGCCAGUUCCACCACUUCCUAGGGGCAACCCAAUUUCUAAAUUCAUAUAUUAAGCACUUAAAUACACAAAAGGCACUUUUAAAAGACAUUAACCACACUUUCACUUACAAUUUGAAAACAUUCAGGACCAAAUCUUGCUUGCCUCAAUUUGCAUUAAAGAGAUUAUUGUUAAGGCAAAUGUGAUUUGCCUUACUUUUUAUUGUUUGGCACAAGCUUACAUAGUUUAUUUGCACUCUACAGUUAAGGGUACCUGGGAACCUGCAUUACCUGUGCUAGCAGGCAAUGAACUAAUCUAAGAAUGAUGAGUUGUAAUGCACCUAAAUAUUUUAUGUUUACCCAUUUGAAUAUAUUUCUAAACUUCACAAUUUCUGAAUUGAAAUGUGGUAUUUAGUUGUCUCAUUUUUAAAAUUUGCAGUGUAUGAACUAUAUGUGUAUGCUCCCCUAUAAUAGCUACCACCAUGCUAAGAUACAGAGCAGAUAAAUCUAAAUCACACAUGUAAAAGUGCAGCAGUCAUCAGGAAGUACAUAAGGGAAUUGUAAUAAAUUAAAAAGGCCUUUUGGCAGAUCACUUAUUAAACAUCUGCAUUAUGAAUAUCUGCUCCUUCUGCCAAAGCUUCUAGGUCAAAUGGACCCCGUUCCUCAUCUAAGAAAGAUGUACAGAAAGAAGAAUGAAGCUCUUAGCAUUCAAAGAACUAACCAGCUGUAUCAUGAGGACCAAAAGGAUUCACUAUCUUUAAUGGAACUGUAUUAUUUUUAAUAAUGUAAGUGAACAGAAAUCAAAUAACUUUUCUAAUCAUACAUGCACACAGUGUUUUACAUAAUUAAAAGACUUGGCUGUAUUAUACACUUAAUGACACACAUUUCUAGCAGAAACUUUGACAUUUGUAACAGAUGAUGAUGUGUUGAUCACAGUUUAUUUUUCCAGACUAGAUGAUGUUCAUACUUUUAAUGUUAAAAGUGUUUAUAUUUAUUUGAAAUGAUACAAGUGUCCAGAAAAAAAUGACCAUGGUUUGUUUUCCUCUUUAGUUUCUUUAUGUCUUUUAGCUAUGAAUUUAGGCAAGCUUAGUAUGUUCGGUUUAGCAGAGAAAACGGGCUUAUGAUAGAAACUACUGUCUUUGGUUCUUCUUCUACAGCAAGCUUGGUGUAGGGUGUUGUUUCUGCCCAGUUUGGCAUGGGGAGCGGAGAUGUAUGCUGCAUGAUUCAACAGCAUUCACUGCCAGAUCAGAGGCAAACAUGUAAAAAAAAUCCAUGGUGGAUUCAUUCCCUCAAUCAGUAAAUGGUGCUUUAUCUUUCAUAGUGGAAAGGAAGAGAAAAACUACAGAGUCAGAAGGCAGCUGUCCUUCCUUAAUUAUUGAAGCAAAAUAUGUUUUUCAUCCCCUCACCCUUAAGAUUAGAAAGAGAGGAGGUUUCAGACUGAGAUGCUAAUCUUUAUUCAAACAUGAAAUGUGUUUUAGUCCCAGGUGCUCGUUCUGUGGCAGAAUUUGCACAGAAUUAGACCUACAAUGUAGGAAACUGUCACCUACAUAGCAAUAAUCAAUACCCCCAAAUUUCAGCCACUUAACCGUUACAUUCUAUUUCGGUAAACAGUCUGCACCUGAAAAAAAAAGUUCCUUAAAACCUGCUAAACUCUUGAUUUUAGAUUAUCCUUCUCAAUUGGAAACGUUGAGAUCCACCAACAAAAAACUGAUUUAGGAAGACAGAUGCCCAAACAACAUUUUCUUUCUGGGGAAAAAAAUACUGAGAUUAAAAAAAGAAAAGAAAAAAAGAAAAACAACCCUACUCCAAGAUGUCCAUGACUUUGUGCCAUGGAGUAAUAUUUGUUUGGUCAGUUUUAACACAUUAGGAUGAAAUAUCCUGGAUACAACUUCUUUAACUAUGUACAUGGCUUUGUCCUGGAGAUAUUUUGCUAUCCCAAGAUACAUUUAGAUGUGACUUUGUGUAGUAAAAUUAUCUCUUAAGCUACAUAUACCAGUUUCUUUGGUUUUGUUCCGUGAAUGUUAGCACAACUUCCCAUUCACAUGCUCACUGCUCUUCUUGUCAAAGGGCUGGAUUCAGAUUUGCCUGCGUAGCUAGGCUGGUGGAAACAGAAAUCCUUGUCUCACAGCAGUUUCUCCAGCCCUCUGGAAAAUGUCACACAGAAGGUUGGGAGACUCUGCUGGAUGUGGUCAAGUGUGACAGUGUGGAGGCACAAAACUGAGCAGAAUUACCUUAUGUAAAUAGUAUCCUUCCUUUUGCAGAAGCCACUUCCUGGAUCCAACUUAGUAUCUCAGAGUGAUUCUUCACUUUACAUUUAGUAGUGCCCUUCAUAAUCUGUCACAUAGUAUGCAUGUAUAUUUUACCACCUAUAGCAAAAAAUAUACAGUAAUGUAAAAAAACACCCUCAUUUACUACUGGUUCUUACGAAGGUAGUGGGAAGAUGGGCAGAGACUCCAGGAUGCGCCAUAAACCGAAGUGCUGUGACUGCAAGCUACAAUCACAGACUUACAAGCACCCAGCAAGAGCUUUUAUGGAGUACAACAGGCUAAGCUUGCUGUAGCAGGAAAUUUCUGGAAACUGUGUGAAACAAUCAGGAGAUUGUAUUUUAAAUAUACGUACUUAGAGAGAGUGAGGGCUUCUGUAAUGUUUUCUGUUUAGGCUAAUAAAAUGUUACUAAACAGAUGACAAUUCAGGCUAAAGUCACAUUUUGAUACAAAAAACAAAACAAACAAAACCAAUUACACUGAUGUUUGGCACUUGCAAGAACAUCUAAAACACCUGUAAUAGCUUACUCUGUAUAGUUUCAGGGUAGAGUCUGAGAGGAAUGUUGCUGUUAAGUAAAAUGUAGUUGACUGCUGAAGGGAGUUAAACAACCAUGGUAAACUCAACUACUGCUACAGAUUAGACUGAUGUAAAUUAACAAAUGGAAAUUUAACCCUCACACUUUAAAUCAGAAACCUCUUGAGUUUAUGACUGUAAAAAUUCACCAGUUUUUCCCUUUUCUGUACUGACUGUACUGUUACUUUUUAUAACCGAGGUGGACAUUCUAGAAUUAGGGUAGGAAACUGGUUAGGGAGGCAAUGGGACAUUUCCUUUCCACCUAGGCACCCGUCCCCACAGGCAAGAGGAUUCCAGGGGUAACUGUUGAAUGUCCCUGACUUAACUGACACCUUAAUGAAAACACCAACUGCUAGUGCUUCAGCCGAGAAUCUACCUUUACUCCACCCCUGUUCAUUAAGAACAUGAGAAUACAUGGGUUCAUUCAGCCAUGCUUUUAUACAGUAUGACUCAGACAGCUCCCAAAGCGCAAACCGAAUGUGCUUUUUCCAUCCUUUGAAUUUUCCAUGCAGGAAACACCCGUGGGGGGGGGGCAGGGGGAAUCACAAACCAGGCUGCAGAGAUCCUUGGUUUUGUUCUGGCUACCUUCUGAGGGAUGGCGAGGGAAGCAAAGUGACUGGGAAAACUCUAUUGGUGAGAUUAAUAAUAUUUUUGAACAGUACUUGCGAUGAAGUGUCCACAACUUGUGUCCACAGAAUUGACCAGAAAGCUGCCAUUUCCCUUUUAAACUAAUCAGUAGAGCAGGGAUUCUGUAUUCCUCUAAAUUUCCUUCAGAGAACUAUGGGACUCUGGUCCCAAUGUUAUUGUGCAAGGAGGAAUGAGAAAUCUGCCUGUGUGAGCGAAAAAAUGGAACUGAAUUUUGGACAUCACCCAAUAAUAUUUUCAUAUUAGUUACUAUGUAGGGAUUCCUCAACUAAGCUUAAUGUACUUAAAAGAUUUCCUUUUCUUCAAGGCUGCAAUUAUUUGCAUUCCUUCAUGGAAGUGAGUUCUAAGUAAAUAAAGGGAACUUCUGAAUGCAUGUGUUUAAGAUUGUGAUGGUGUAGAACUUUAUUCCAAUAUUUAAUCAUAAAUCUGUUGGAAAGACAAUGUUUUUAAUUAAGCCCUUAAAAUAUUUUUGAUAGUGUAUCACUUGUACAUUUGCAAAAAACAGUACAAUCCAUUAAAAAUAAAUGAGAUUUGUAUUUAACCUGCACUUAACAGUUAGAAUUGCAUUUUAACUGUUAUCUAAAUGGCAAUACCGUUUUGUAGCAGAUAAGGUACUGUAUGUAAACUAUAGUAUUACAUUUGGUCUGUUUUGAAUGGUUAUAGCUUUGUCAGAGUCUCAAGUGCUCUCUUCUGCUCCACUGAAGUCAGCAGGACUUGCUUUCAAGUGAACAUGCUUCCAAGUGAAAAGUGUGGCCUGGAUCAUGAGUAGUAAUGCAUGUAUUCUCUCUACAUUCAGAUUUCUGCAUCAACAACUUGUAUUUCGUUCUUGUGAAACUUUAACUGCAGAGUUACAAUGCAUGGCACUUACUGCUUGCUGGUUUCUGUUGUUUCAGUUUCAAGAUGAAAAAGCUCAGGGGAUUUCAGUUUAUCACUACUAAAAGGGCACCAUGUCUUGUUUUGGUACUUCUCACAGCAAACAUCUGCUGUAUUUUACUAUGAAUUAUGACAAAUGUUUAACUUUUUUUGGUCUGCUCUGUUUAGAAACUUGAUAAUGUAACUGGUUUCAUCAUGUAAGAAACUUUUAGAGUGCCUUUUCAUAUUUGUGUAUGCUGGAUAUCUAUUGUGAAUAUGUCUUUCUUUAAUUUGAGUGAUACAGAAGCAAUAUAACACCUAUACAUUUUUGUUUCAAAACUUUAUUUGAAUGCGUUUUCCUUUUUUUAAAAAAAAAAUCAACUUGUGUUACAUUGAAAAUGAAUAUGCUAAAUUUGUAUAGGAAUUGUGUAUAAUUUUUCAAAGUGCUGCAAACACUUUCUUAUUACACAAAGCAAACUUUAGGUCAGUGUUAUUGGGAAGGGUGUUUUAAAAUGGUGACAAUCUUGAGUGUGUACAAAAUUAUGUGUUUGUAAUGCAGUGAUAUACAUAUUAAAAAGCCAAUAUCUGAUGUUUUUGUAGUUUUGUCUUCAUAUUUUACGCUUUUAGCAUGUGCAAUAUAUCUUUACAAACCAUGGUGAUAUGAAUCUGGUGCCAGUGUUACAUUUUGUAUGAAUUAUUUGUAAUAAACAAUAUGAAAUACUGUU